AUGUCGGCACCUAAAGAGCCAAUUAGUGGCCCCACCAGACCGCAAUUACUAUUACAACAACAAUUAUUACAACAACAACUAGUACCAACAUCGUACGAGUCGUCGGUGUCGUCGUCGUCGUCUUCGUUUUUGAAUAAUUUUUUAACAAACACCAACAAUUUCAUUAACAGCAACAUUACGCAAUCACGUUCACCACUCUAUCAGCAACAACAACAGCAGCAAUUACAAUUGCAACUGCAGCAGCAGCAGCAACAAGACUCAGCAACGCCGCCAACCUACUACAAUUACAACAACAAUUACUAUCUACAGCAGCAGCAGUUGCAGCAUCAAUUAUUGCAGCAGCAACAGCAGCAGCACUAUCAUCACCAGCAGCAGCAGCUGUACAAUCCAUUCUACAGUCAGCAACAUCUACAGUCGGCUGCAACACCGUACUACAACAAAUCCCUAUUUGGCAGUAGCAUUAGUCCGGGCAGCUAUUUGGGCGACACAGCGACAGCGGGCUUUGGUUUGGGCCUAAGCGGACUGGGACUGGGAGGAUUAAGUGCAGGCUUGGGUGGAGGAGGAGGAGGUGGUUACACCCCCUUAGGACGUAGCUAUCGUUACUACAAACAUCACGCCUCAACAGGCCUAGGAGGCAACAGCAGUUACAACGGCUACUACAGCCUAAGUUUCGGCGAGAGUUACUACCCGUUUCAAUCCAGCGGAGGUGGAGGAGCUGGUGGUCUAGGAGUCCAGGGAGGAGGUGAUUAUUUUGGUAGAAUAUCACCAGCAGCGGCACAUACAGGACCUUUACUAGCCACUUCGGUAUCGGAGCCACGUAGUAGUUUAUUAAAAUUACCCCCGCCACCACCACCGCCAUUGCUGCCGCCCUUAGAUGACGAUUUGCAAGUGAGUACCGAGCCCUACUUGUCCACUUAUUCGUCGAGGCCUAUAGAUUAUAUACCCUCACCGCCCGCCUCGUUGCGCAGCGACACCUACGCCUAUAGACCCAGACGUCAGCGUGACACUGGCGGCCGCUAUUCAGCCACCGGCUACUAUACAACACGCCAGAGAAGUCGCGGCUUCAGUCCCAUUAUAGACUGUGAUCGUUACAGAGAUCGUGAGUUUGUGGGCCGCUCUAGACUACGCACCAAUAGUUUGCAAAGCAACUGCAGUCUAGGCAGAUCUUCGUUUACGGCCAUUGAUCGGCUGUCACCCAUAAGAGUGGGUUCAUCGCCGCGCUCGCUUAGACGCGAGAAAUAUUUAUCUCCUUGUGGGAGUCCUAAAUACAGCAGCAAAACGUCGUCCCUACAACAGCCCCCACACGAAUCACAAUAUCAUACUCAAGCAUACGAUACAUCGUCCAAUACCGUAGCAGCCGCCGCAUCAGCCACCACAACAUCUAAAGCAGCCGCCGCUUUAUCACAUUCGCCGCCUCACUAUCAACAUAAUCCCUCCUCACAAACAACACCCCACCAUCACCAGCACUCCCAUCAGCAGCAUCAUCAGCAUUUGCCAAAACUGGAACAACCCCAGCCCUAUCAGCCCUACAACACGGAUACCGCCAGCACCAAUCCCACAUAUCAUACACACAAGCGAACACACGGACAACACGAACACGGCAAAACGUCUACAGAUCCCCGAGACUAUCAUCAGCAACCGGCCCAGCAGCACCAGCAGCAGCAAUAUCACUAUCAACAAGAUCAACAUCAGCUGCAACAACAACAACAACUACACCAGCAACAUCAACAAGUCCACACUACCAGCAGCACCAGCAACAUUUAUUCCACCAGAUCCACGCCCGAGGCAUAG